AUGGCUUCUUUGGCGACAAGCAUCAGCCAUCCCGACAGCAUGUGGUCGAUUUUCUCGGUGGCUCCGUAUGCCAUCGGACUGACUCUGUUCUCUGUGGCCUAUUUUAUUGUUGUGCCUUAUAUUGAAUAUCUCCGUGAUCCUAAAGGACUACGUAAAUACCCCAACCUCACUCCCAUCUCGGGCUUCUCUGCCUUGCCAUUCAUGUUCAUGGCCUCAAGAGGCUUCCGUUCAAUGGAGCUAUCUGAGUUGCACAAAAAGCACCCUGUGAUCCGGACCGGCCCCAACACGCUCUCCUAUGGACACGCCCAAGCCAUCAAAGACAUCUACGGUCACAACACGAAAUGCACCAAGGACGGCUCCUACUCCGUUACAGCGGGUAGCCAUUUCAACCUGGCAGAUGUUGUCGAUAAGCCUGACCAUGCCCGCAAGCGCAAGGUUCUCUCCUCGGCCUACGCCUUGAAGAACCUGGAGAGCUGGGAGUUCAAGGUCACCGACAAGGUCCAGCGGAUGUUCAAACACUUCGAUAAAGUCUGCACCGUGGCUCCAAAGGAAGAUGUCGCAUCUGGAAAGGUCGCCCCCGACCCGAAGGACCUGACUCUUGACCUGCGUAGCUGGACCAACUUCUUCACCCUCGAUGCUAUUGCCGAUAUCGGUCUGUCGGAGCACCUGGGCUUCCUUGAUGCCGGCAAUGAUAUGUGUGUCGCUGAGCGAAAGGAUGGCUCGACUUAUCAGACCAGUCUUCGCGAGGCUCUUUAUCCUACCGCGCGAAAACAGUCUCUCAUUCUGUGGAACUACGACUGGUACCCAACUCUCAACAAAAUGGUCAAUGUGAUCCCCUACUUUGGCAAGAUGCAAACAUCAUCCGAGAACUGGGAGAACAUCAUGUGGCGCCGAGGACUCGAGCGUCUGCGCCGCUACGAGGCUGGCGAGAGGCUCGACGAUUUCUUCCAGGCCUUGAUGGAGGACAAGAAUGGUAACCCGAACAACCUGGAAUGGGGCGAGGUGGUUGCGGAGUGCAACAUCAUGAUGAAUGCCGGCAGUGUCACCACCGCCAUUGCCAUCGCCAACGUGAUGUACCAACUUCUCCGUAACCCACGAACCCUGGUCAAGCUCCGUGAAGAGCUCGAUGCCGUCCUGGACGAAGACGAGGUGGUCGCCGACUACGACAAGGUCAAGCAUCUGCCAUACCUGCGCGCCUGCCUCGACGAGUCUCUCCGCAUCUUCCCUCCGACUUCACACGGCCUGCCCCGCGAAACCCCCGCCGAGGGUACCAACAUUCUCGGAGAGUGGGUUGCUGGCAAUACCUCCGUGAGCAUGUCGGCCCUCGUCGCCCAUCGUCUCGAAAGCAUCUUCCCCAACGCCGACCAGUAUAUCCCCGAACGAUGGCUCGGCGAGGAAGGCAAGGCCCUCCAGCCUUACCUGAUUGCAUUCUCCGCUGGCGCCCGGUCGUGCAUUGGCCGGAAUAUUUCGUACCUGGAACAGACCAAGGCGAUCGCGUCCAUGGUGCAUCGCUAUGACUUUGCUCUCGCAUAUCCUGGUUGGGAACUCAAGCGGGAAGAGACGAUGAACUUGAUCUUGGGUGAUAUGCCGGUUAAGAUCUGGCGACGUGAUUUGGGUGCUGAGGCAUAA